CUGACGUAUUGACUUAUGGUACACUUGGGUCGACAACUUCCGUUAAACUUCCGCACGUUCAACGUUAGCGCCAGUAAAGAAUUAAUGACCAAAAUAUUCAGUUCAGUUGACCGGAUAGUUUGUAAUAUAAUCUGUUAUUAUGCUACCUCUAUCUUUGCUGAAGACUGCACAGAACCACCCUAUGCUGGUGGAGUUGAAGAAUGGAGAGACGUAUAACGGACACUUGGUCAGUUGUGACAACUGGAUGAAUAUAAAUUUACGAGAAGUCAUCUGCACCUCAAGGGAUGGAGAUAAAUUUUGGAGGAUGCCUGAGUGUUACAUCAGAGGAAGCACCAUAAAGUACCUGCGUAUCCCUGAUGAGAUCAUUGACAUGGUGAAGGAAGAGGUGGUGUCCAAGGGUCGUGGGCGAGGAGGCAUGCAGCAGAACAAACAGCAGGGCAAGGGUCGAGGGGGAGGAGCAGGCAGAGGUGUGUUUGGAGGCCGUGGUCGGGGCAUGCCAGGAGUGGGAAUGCCAGGAGUGGGCAGAGGCCAGCAGCAGGAGAAGAAGCCUGCUGGUGGUAAACCUCAGGGAGUCAAGAACCAGCACUGAGGAGAGGAACAGACAGGUCAAAUGGUUUCCCCCAUACCCGUGAGUGUGGAGCCUCACCUACACGUUGAAACUGCGUCAUGGGCCAAGAGGAGUGCACAUGAUGGGAACAGAGGUGAAGACAGGCCAUGUGUCAUGAAACUGCUGCCCCUGCUCAUUUUAACGGUAAAAACACUGCAAAACCAAACUGUGGUGAAGCCAGAAAACACACUCACAUCAAAGCAAUCAUGCCGUGAUAACAUGCACUGCAACCUGGCAUCAGGUUUGCUUGUUACUUCCAUCUCAGACUUGUCAUUGGAGGGGAUGUAAAGUGUUCUGUAACAACGAGGCUACAGCAUGCAUCUAAAAAAUAAUUUGAUUUGAUGAAGACAUGCUCUCACCAAAUACCUUAAACAACGCUAAACCACUCCAAUCGGGGACAUAAAUAUUGGGUGAUUCCUCGGAUACAACAGCUCAGCAAGUGACAUGUUGCUCAACACUAGCACACACUAGACCUAUUCAUUACCUGGGCCUGGCCACGGCUUAAAGGUGUUCCAUUCCCAGCAUGCAUUAGUGAUGCCAAACAUUCCUGAUGUGUUAUCACACUGUGCCUUGACUUGUAGCACUGAAAUAUGUGUACUCUAAAUUCACCAUAUGUCUGUACAGGCUUGAUUCUCCUAUCCUGUUUUGUUAUAAUGAACCUGCUAUUGCAGUAUCAAUUAUAGUUAAGGUUUCUGUUCAUUAGGGUAAACUGUAGCGAAUCUGUUAAACAGAAUACAAACGUUUCUUAUUGCACAAGUUAAGAUAAUAUGUCCCUGUUUCACUCUCUUAUGGGCUGUUUUCUUUGAUUUCGUGUUUACUAAAUAUGACCCAGGUUUUCAUAGUUACAUGUGAAUAGCAAUGUAUUACUUUGCCUCCAAAUGUUAGAUGCAUUCAAGAAGUUUAAUUGCAGGUGGAAUGCUCUUAUUUAGGAGUUGAUGUAUACUUGGAGAAUAGCUCAAUUGCUGAGGGAAUAAGAUCCUUAGAUCCAAGGGUGUCAUACCCUGACGGGGCACUGGGGCACGUUGCCCCUCAUUUGUUCUGUAAACAUUUUUUGGGGGGGUAUAUUUAUUAUGUUAUUUUUGGUUGUUAUUUCCCUCUAAUACUACUAACCACCUAGCAAUUUUAUGAAGUUGGCUUUAGUUAGCCCAGAUAGGUUCUCAACCUCAUAACUAGCUACCCAGAAGCAAAACUGCUUUUAGCAGCGCUAGUAUUUACACACUAGCGUUGCUUGGAAUCAGCUGGCAAAAAAACUGAACAUUUGAAAGCUCUAGUUUUGACCUUUGUUACGUUCCCCAGUUUAUGUGUUGUAGUUUGUGUAUUUGCAUGUGUUUAUUUCAGGAAAUGGCUUCCUGAAAUCCCUCAAGCAGCUGAUUGGUUGACUCCAUGGCUAAUUGGAGAGCUGACCCCGCCCCCUCGUAAAGACGCAGCUGUCUCCAAUUACCCAUUCCUUCAGAAGCUAUAUAAAAGCCAGUGUUCUGUUCAGGAGGAAGAGUUUUGCUGGGAGGUCAUUGCAGAUAUUUUGCUAGAGAUUUUGCUAGAGAUUUUCUGGGAGGUCAUUGCAGAGAUUUUGCUAGAGAGAUUUGCUGGGAGGUCAUUGCAGAGAUUUUGAUAGAGGUUGAUUUUGCUGGGAGUUCAUUGCUGAGAGUUGGUAUGUUUUGUGAGUUUGUUGCUCAGAUAGAGCUUAUUUGAUGUCCUUUGUUUCUUAGUUUGUUUGAGAAAUGAUUUGUUCUCCUGUUUCAUUUGUUCCCAGGGGGGAAGGGGAAGGCACCUAGGGAGUGCUUAGGCAAGAGGCCCGCGGGCAUACAUAUACCUGUAGUAUAUUCAUUGUCUAGGCACAAUAGGUAAGACCUGGGCGGACCACCCCCUGUAUUUUGGUUAGGGCACCAGGUGGUGCUAAAUUAGGUAAGUAUUGGUUAGGCAGGUAAGAUAGGAGAGGGGGCUUUGAGAUUUACUUUCUUUGCUUUGGUUCCGUCCAGACCCUUUUCCCCAUAUUACCGUGUAAAGGAAUAAAGUCCUUGUAAACGGUA